AUGUAUUUCAAAGCAAAAGAAUUGUUUUUAAAAGGGAGUAAAAUUGCGGAAGAAAUUCCAACUGAUUCUGAGGAAAAAACACUGAAAGAAUAUGAACAAAAAAUAUUGGAAUCUACCAAAUAUCUUGUAGAAGCAUUUUUAAUAGAUGAAAAGGCUACUGACAUGUCAUCUAGAAUCAUGAAUUUGGCACAACAAUAUGAAAAAUUAUCAAAACUUCAGUGGGGAGAUGAAAACGAGAAAAAAGAAAACGAUGAGACGUCGACAACACAUGAACCAGAAUUCACAAAAGA